AUGUUCAUUAUGAAGAAAUUAGGCGUAGGCUUAACCGCCUUUCUGAUGUCCUAUGUUGUUGGCAAUGCAACACCUUCAGGAGCUGUUCAAACCACCCCUUCCUUGGCCUGUUCGAAUCUUUUGCAUUCGGUAUUUGAUGCUCCGGAUCCGUGCAAGAGCUUGACCUUCCGAAAUAGCAAGGCUGGCUUCUGGGAUAAGCGUUUUUUAAAGGAUGUUAAGAACUCUGCUAGGAGUCUCUCGGUAUGGCGAAAAGCCAUUCUUGAAUUUCAGCUCAGUGAGGGUCCUCCGUCCAUCAAAGGGAAAUUAGUCAAGCGAAAUUUCCUGUCGCCUAUCCAGGUGGAAAAAUCGAAAAAUGUUUGGAGGCACAGGGAGGAUGCCACCCCUAAAUCAAUCUUGGAUCGCGGUAUCAUCUCGCCAGCUGGUAGUACUUACGACCCUGAGGAAAAGCAAACCGAUCCAAGUCAUGAACCUCCAAACAUGAGAACAUUUUGGAUUGGAAGUGGAAGUCACAGUAACAACUUCGAGGAUUCUAGCACGAUGAGUGAUGCUUCGAGCCAAUCUGAUUUCGACGCCAAAACUCAGAGUGAUGAAGAAGGGCCAGCCAGUACCCAUUUUUCACCUGAUCAUUCAAUGCGCACAACCCAUGGCAAACUUGUACGUUCAACUGACUCAAACGCUGCCUCCGAGGGAAAAUCUGUAUUCGAUUGGAUCCCUGAGCCUAACGGCAUGCAACUAUUACGAGGGGGUAAGAAAACAAAAGUUUACCAGCGGAAAGCUCCUGUGGUUCCUUCACCAAUUUUUGACGAGAUGGAAACGAAAUGGGACGCCCAGUUACGCGGUCCACUUCUUCGUCUACAACACCUAGUGGAAAUCAAGCUACAGCCAAAUCGUUAUACUACAGUCGAUUUGAUGAAAGAAGAAGCUAUUGAGAUACAAUCCAUUUUGAAUUCACUGGUUCAGAUACUUGAGCAACCAAAAUUAAUCAAGUACCUCAAAAUCAAAGAUAAUGUGUUGGCUUAUCACGAAAGUUAUGCGGAGGGGUGCCGUUUGCUUCAGGAAGUAGCAGAUGUGUGGAUUAACGUGCGAAACAACUUAGAUAGACUGGAAGUGCACGUAAAACUGAAGCGCUUCGAGGAUACCCUUGAAUUUCUGGAUGCCAUCAGGGGAGAUGUGCUGGACAUGGUUUCGCAACGAAUGGCACUUGAAAUGAAAAACUUGCUGAGAGAAGUGGAGAAUUAUGUAGACCUCGAUGGGCCACAUUUGGCACAUCCUCCAUCCCCACUCGACAGUGACCCACAACCAUUGCCAGUCAACCAAAAAUAUUUGCCGUUCAACACUCACCCGGGGCCCGAACAAGUUCCAUCAGCUUCUCAAAAUCAACAUUUGUCUAGUGACAUCAACUUUACGCCACCUGUAAUUCCUCAAGUAAUGCGCUCCAUUGAAGACAUUGCUGAUAGUGCAAAAAGCUUCCUGAAUACGCUCGGAAACUUGAAAGAAUGUCGAGAUGCUAUGAAGAAGGACGCAACAAAUGUUGAGCGCGUGGAAGAACAACGACAUGUGUUGGAAAACGAGUUGCAAAACCUCAGGUGGAAAUUGAGUGAGAGUGGAACAGCCAAGAUUUGGUCUGAAUUGUUGACCAGGGAGAAGUUUGAAGCCAAGAAAGUGGAAUUGGAUACUGUCAUUCAGGACAUGUUUGCCGCCAACUAUCUUAUCAGAGCUUUCCAAACUGUUUAUCUGGGAAGAAAGGUAACUUACAGCCACAACAACAAAACCUAUCAUGAUUUGGCUUGGGUUAUCAGUGAGGGGCUCAAAGCUGCUCUCAAAAGCGCAAGUGCGCGCCAAAUGGAUGGCCUAGCUGACAUUCUUAAAUCAAGUACAACAACGCACAUCAUGUCCAUCAACGAUGCCAGUCUCGUGAAUGUCAAUGCCUUGAUCACAAGAUUUGAGCAUGCGCCACCAGAUGGUAUGAGUUGGAUCAAGCUACAGGGUAAAAAGCUUGCAGAAAUUUUAGAAUUUCAUGAGGUCAAUUUAUCACACAAGCGGGCCGUCUCAAAUAUCAAGAGUCAGUUGAAAGAAGUCAGAGAUUCACUUCAUUCUGAAUCAAGUAUGCCGUAUGGAGUGUUAUUGGAUUACCAGAUAAAACCGUGGUUAAGUAAACUAGAUGUUUUUGAUAUAAAUCUUGGCACAGAUAGUCUUGCUUCUAUUCACCAAAGCAUACAUGUCCCCAUGAAAAAUCAAUUUGAAUGGGAGGUGGAAAAAUUAAUUGAAGAAAUUGUGCUCUUGAAAAACACUAUUCUCGGCUUGACACCGGGCUUCUUGAAACCCCCGAAGUAUACGCGAACAAAAUUGCUAACCAGGCGAAGUGUAUUCCCAUUGCAAUACAACAAUAAUAGCAACUUGGCCCUUGCAACACACUUCAGAAUUAUCAAAGAAAAGUUGUUAUGGGGGACCAGCAAAAGGUUUCAAACGGCUCAAUUACUACCACUGACCGCCCCAGAUGGGAUGCUACAAGUAUCUAAGGAUUUCGGAUCAGCAAAGGACAAUGAGAAAUUUUCCAAACAUAGAGGGGUCAUCGAUGACCUGAUUGGCCUGGUUACAUCGAUUGAACUGUACAAGGUCGCAGGAGUGUGCCCAAUGUCUCAGCACGGUGCAUCACCCGAACUAGAUUCGGCAAAACAACUUUGGAUAGCCUAUGGAUCAAAAAAGACUGCGGUUCUGGAAAUGGCUAGAAAUUGGCGAGCUUUCGGACUGAUCUUUCGAGAUAUUAUAGAGGUGAUGAUGCCAUCAAAAAGUAUAGAAGAGCGUCAAACUCAGACGUACUCGGAUCUUUUUGAAGCUUAUCAACAAGCCAUCCACACUAAAGAUUGCUGCUGCAAACUCACUUCUUCCAAAAACACCGUUAUAGAUAGACAGAUCAUUGAUUUUGAAAUUUUGUAA